GCAACUCCCGGCCCCCGCCCGCGUCCCCAGCUCCAGGCCCCGGCCCCGCCCCGCCCCUGCUCAGGCACCGCCCACUCCGGGCUCUGAGCCCUCCUCUCCCUCGCGGCUCCGCCCCCUGCCCGCCUCUGACUACCCCGCCCCCCAGGCGCCAGCCCCGCCUAUCUGGGCUUCUGGUCCCGCCCAAGUUCUUGUCCCUCGGGCCCCAGCCUCGCCCCUCCUCGGCUCUGACUCCACCCCUUCUCCGGAGCCUGGGAGGCGGGGCUGAGAACCACAGAGAUGGCCGGGCCUCCGAGCGGCCCAGGGCGGCCGGAAGUUUGCGGGGCGGGGCGGACGCGGGUGGCCAAGGCCCGUUUCCGGCGGCGUCGCGCGUUUGCGAGCCUCGGGUGGUCCUCAGGGAGGGUGAGUCGGCGCGGCGGGCGCGGACUCGGGUUGUCCUCGGUCCGAGUGAUCCCUGGUCGCUUCCUGCGCCCUCCCGCCUUCGGCACUGGGGUCCCCGCGUCCCCCGGGCCUCCAGUCGGGAAAGCGCGGGGGCUUUGCGGGGCCUUGAGCGCCUGGCGUGGGAGGUGGUCGAGCCCAGCCACCCUCCCCCGCGGCGGCGCGAGGUGGGCUUCGUUUGGCCGAGUCUCGCAGCUCCCCGCAGACCCCGCUCGUGGCAGCCACGGUGUCAGGGGCCUGAGUAAGGCGAGCUCCAGCUGCGGCCUUUUCUUCAGGCCUGGGUCUACUCCCGGGGCCCUGACUCCUCCUCCUGCGAAAUCACCUCCUUCUAGAGCCUUUUCUCUUUCUAUUUAUUGCCCUGGAAGGCCUAGGAUAAGUGACAGUGGAGGAAAGAACGGUGCCUUGGGUGGGGUAGGCUGUUUGUCUUCUCUAAAUUCUGGUUGCUAUUCCGGGCAUUCCUACUGUCAGGAGCCAGGUGGGGGGAUCAGCCUACCUGUGCCGGUGACCUGGGGCUUCCACCCACAAACCACUUUCUGGGCCAGAAGCUGCCAUACGAAGACUCUUUUUCCCAUUCCGACCUCCCGGGGGAAUGCCUGGGCAGGUAGAGGGUCUGGGGUCAUUGGCUUAAUUGAGGUGAACGAUUUAUAUCAGAUUACAUCCCUGUGCCUGGUUCCAUCCUGGCGACAAGUCUCUCGGCCAGAACACGUGGAUGCCCACCCACCACUGAGCCUCAUGGAGGUGGUAACAUUUGGCGAUGUGGCUGUGCACUUCUCUCGGGAGGAGUGGCAGUGUCUGGACCCUGGCCAGAGGGCCCUCUACAGGGAAGUGAUGCUGGAGAACCACAGCAGUGUGGCUGGACUAGCAGGAUUCCUGGUUUUCAAGCCUGAGCUGAUCUCUCGGCUGGAGCAGGGAGAAGAGCCAUGGGUCCUCGACCUGCAGGGAGCAGAGGGGACAGAGGCACCAAGGACCUCCAAGACAGAUUCUACGAUUAGGACUGAAAAUGAGCAGGCCUGUGAGGACAUGGACAUCCUAGAAUCAGAAUCCUAUGGGACAGUGGUCAGAAUCUCCCCACAGGACUUUCCUCAGAAUCCUGGCUUUGGAGACGUUUCUGAUUCUGAGGUCUGGUUAGACAGUCAUCUGGGCAGUCCUGGGCUGAAAGUGACAGGCUUUACCUUCCAAAAUAACUAUUUGAAUGAGGAGACUGUGGUUCCCAAGACCUUCACCAAGGACGCAGCCCAGGGAUGUAAGGAGCUGGGAAGCAGCGGCCUGGAUUGUCAGCCUCUUGAAAGUCAGAGAGAGAGUGCAGAAGGGAUGUCCCAGAGAUGCGAGGAGUGUGGCAAAGGCAUCAGAGCCACUUCAGACAUCGCUCUGCAUUGGGAAAUUAAUACACAGAAAAUUAGCAGAUGUCAAGAAUGCCAAAAGAAGUUAUCUGACUGCUUGCAGGGGAAACAUCCAAAUAACUGCCAUGGAGAGAAGCCAUACGAAUGUGCAGAGUGUGGGAAAGUCUUCAGGCUCUGCUCGCAGCUUAAUCAGCAUCAGAGAAUCCACACGGGAGAGAAACCCUUUAAAUGCACUGAGUGUGGAAAAGCCUUCCGCCUGAGCUCAAAACUUAUUCAGCAUCAAAGAAUCCACACUGGGGAGAAGCCCUACAGAUGUGAGGAAUGUGGAAAAGCUUUUGGUCAGAGCUCAAGCCUCAUCCACCAUCAGAGAAUCCACACAGGAGAGAGGCCCUAUGGUUGUCAUGAGUGUGGGAAAGCCUUCAGCCAGCAGUCGCAGCUGGUUAGACACCAGAGAACUCACACUGGGGAGAGGCCCUACCCUUGCAAGGAGUGUGGGAAGGCCUUCAGCCAGAGCUCCACCCUAGCCCAGCAUCAAAGGAUGCAUACUGGGGAGAAAGCUCAAAUUCUAAAAGCCUCAGACAGUCCAAGCCUUGUUGCACAUCAGAGAAUUCACGCUGUAGAGAAACCAUUUAAGUGUGAUGAGUGUGGGAAAGCUUUUAGGUGGAUCUCUCGCCUGAGUCAGCAUCAGCUGAUUCACACUGGAGAGAAGCCUUAUAAAUGCAACAAGUGUACAAAAGCCUUUGGUUGUAGUUCACGGCUUAUUCGCCAUCAGAGAACUCACACUGGAGAAAAACCAUUUAAAUGUGAUGAGUGUGGCAAAGGCUUUGUUCAGGGCUCACACCUUAUUCAGCAUCAGCGAAUCCACACUGGAGAGAAACCCUAUGUGUGUAAUGACUGUGGAAAAGCUUUCAGUCAGAGUUCCAGCCUUAUUUACCAUCAGAGAAUCCAUAAAGGAGAGAAGCCCUACGAAUGCCUCCAAUGCGGAAAAGCCUUCAGCAUGAGCACACAGCUUACAAUACAUCAAAGGGUUCACACCGGAGAGAGGCCCUAUAAAUGUAAUGAAUGUGGGAAAGCCUUCAGUCAAAACUCAACCCUUUUCCAACACCAGAUAAUUCACGCAGGGGUGAAGCCCUAUGAGUGUAGUGAGUGUGGAAAAGCCUUCAGCCGGAGCUCAUAUCUUAUUGAACACCAGAGAAUACACACUAGGGCCCAGUGGUUUUACGAGUAUGGGAAUGCCCUGGAAGGGUCCACCUUUGUGAGCCGUAAAAAGGUUAAUACUAUAAAGAAACUGCAUCAGUGUGAAGACUGUGAGAAGAUAUUUAGGUGGCGUUCACACCUAAUUAUACACCAGAGAAUUCACACCGGGGAGAAGCCUUAUAAAUGCAAUGACUGUGGCAAAGCUUUUAAUCGUAGCUCAAGGCUUACCCAGCAUCAAAAAAUUCACACGGGAUAGACCACUUACAUAUAAAUGUGUAUAUAUGUGAAUAAACCUACAGCCUUAACUUA